GCAUUUAUAUUAGCGCCUUGCCAACUGCCGUGGAGGUCCUCCGACAGCAAUCACGCUCAAUAGCUGAACUUAAAAGAAAAUCACAGCUCAAGUUGUCUAAAUGGAACGAUGUCAAAACCAACGAAGAAGGCGACGAAGGAAAAAAGUUGCAUUUUGUGAGUCCGGCGCGUAGAAAAUCAGUGCUGGCGCCGAUUUUGAGUAAAAUAAAGAAUGGUACCGAUGCAUUGGAUGCUGAGAAAAAGGGUAACGGUGGUAUUGGCGGCCUCGGCGGUACAGGUGGUGGCGGUAGUGGGGGCAAUAACGGGAUUGGCGGCCUUUUGAGUAGUGGCAACAGUGAUAACAGUCAUGUGACCAUACCAAUUGAACCGGCUAAAAAGGUCAAGCGUCAUAGCAUACACGGCAUGAUGGAGGAGGAGAACAUUGUGCGGCCACAUCAGGAGAUCCGUCAGUUAACCUUGGAGGAGAAGAAGUUUCUGCUGGCGGUGGAGCGCGGCGACAUGGCAGGAACACGAAGAAUGCUCCAAAAAGCCCAGGAUACCGAUUACAUCAAUGUAAAUUGUGUCGAUCCUUUGGGACGCACUGCCCUACUCAUGGCUAUCGACAAUGAGAAUUUGGAAAUGGUCGAAUUGCUCAUCAGCUAUAAUGUUGAUACGAAGGAUGCGCUUUUGCACUCUAUUUCAGAGGAGUUUGUGGAGGCUGUGGAGGUGCUUUUGGAUCAUGAGAAUGUCAGCUUUCACACGGAGGGCAAUCAUAGCUGGGAAUCCCAAUCGGAGGAUACUUCAACAUUUACACCCGAUAUAACGCCACUUAUUUUGGCCGCACAUCGUGAUAACUACGAGAUAAUCAAAAUUUUACUAGAUCGUGGAGCUGUACUGCCAAUGCCGCAUGAUGUAAGAUGCGGCUGCGACGAAUGUGUUCAAUCACGCCAAGAAGAUUCACUGCGACACUCACGUUCUCGCAUUAACGCUUACCGUUCGCUGGCUAGUCCCAGCCUAAUAGCAUUGUCAUCGAAGGAUCCUAUUUUAACUGCAUUUGAAUUGUCAUGGGAAUUGAGACGUUUAAGUUUCCUCGAACAUGAAUUUAAGAAUGAAUAUCAGGAAUUGCGUAAACAAUGCCAAGACUUCGCCACCGCUUUGCUCGAUCACACACGCACCUCACACGAAUUGGAAAUCCUACUAAAUCACGAUCCCACCGGACCAAUCUAUGAACAUGGCGAGCGUAUGCAUUUAAACCGCUUGAAAUUGGCAAUCAAAUUGCGACAGAAAAAGUUUGUGGCACACUCGAAUGUGCAACAGCUCUUGGCGAGCAUUUGGUAUGAGGGUCUGCCAGGAUUUCGACGCAAGAAUAUGGCACUGCAGGCAUUGGAUAUCAUAAGAAUCGGUAUAAUGUUUCCGAUUUUCUCAUUGGCUUACAUUUUGGCACCAUAUUCCAGUAUUGGACAGACAAUGCGCAAACCAUUCAUAAAAUUCAUAUGCCAUAGUGCCUCCUACUUUACAUUUCUCUUUCUGCUGAUGCUCGCUUCACAGCGCAUUGAGACAUUUAUUGGUGGCUGGUUUUGGAGUGAUUCGCAAAACAUAAUCGCUGAGGUGGAAGAAGUGCCGACAAAACGUGGCGCAAAACCGACUUUUAUCGAGUGGCUGAUACUGGCAUGGGUUUCCGGUCUCAUUUGGAGCGAAGUGAAGCAGCUGUGGGAUGUUGGCCUACAAGAAUAUCUCAACGAUAUGUGGAAUGUUAUCGAUUUCGUAACGAAUUCACUUUAUGUAGCCACAGUUGCUUUGCGCGUGGUGUCUUUCUUUCAGGUGCAAAAAGAAAUGAUCAUUAAUCCGAAUGCCACUGAUUUGCCGCGUGAGCGUUGGGACACCUGGGAUCCAAUGCUCAUCUCGGAAGGCCUCUUUAGUGCGGCAAACAUUUUCAGUAGCCUCAAAUUGGUAUACAUCUUUUCGGUGAAUCCACAUUUGGGACCACUGCAAGUGUCCCUGUCGCGUAUGGUUAUGGAUAUCAUGAAGUUUUUCUUUUUGUACGUGCUCGUGCUAUUCGCUUUUGGCAGUGGCUUAAACCAGCUGUUGUGGUAUUAUGCCGAUUUGGAAAAGAAACGUUGUCCGGAAGUGUCGCCCUCAAAUGUGCUCAUCACCAUGAACGGCACCACGGAUGCAAACGCUUGCAUUGUUUGGCGUCGUUUUUCAAAUCUUUUCGAGACCACUCAAACUCUCUUCUGGGCCGUUUUUGGUUUAAUCGAUUUGGAUAGUUUUGAGUUGGACGGUAUUAAGAUUUUCACGCGCUUUUGGGGUAUGCUGAUGUUCGGCACAUACUCGGUUAUAAACAUAGUGGUGUUGCUGAAUUUGCUCAUCGCAAUGAUGAAUCAUUCGUAUCAACUAAUCUCGGAACGCGCUGAUGUCGAGUGGAAAUUCGCACGUUCUAAAUUAUGGAUAAGUUAUUUUGAGGAAGGUGGUACCUGUCCACCGCCAUUUAAUAUUAUACCGACACCGAAAUCCAUAUGGUAUGUGUUCAAGUGGGUGCGUAGGGUGUUCUGCAGUGGAUCGUCAGCGGCCAGACGAGAGCAUCUGAAGACAAUAAGACGCAAAGCUCAACAGGCGAGUGACCGCGAUUUCAAAUAUCAGCAAAUAAUGCGUAACUUGGUGCGUCGUUAUGUGACUGUCGAGCAACGCAAGGCCGAAUCGCAGGGUGUUACCGAAGAUGAUGUGAACGAAAUUAAGCAGGAUAUCUCGGCAUUCCGUUGUGAACUCGUGGAGAUUUUGAAGAAUAGCGGCAUGGAUACAAAUGUAACAGCAGGACAAGGCGGUGGUGGCGGCAAGAAAAAUCGUCAGAAGGAGCGACGGCUUAUGAAAGGUUUCAACAUUGCUCCACCCGGUUCGACGGGUUCGCUAGCGCCGGUUGCCGAGUUUUCCACCUCGUUGGACAAUUUCGACUCACAACACGAAAUACUCAGCUCUACGCUGUCGAAUCUUUUCAAUUCAAAUUUUAUACAGAAGAGUCAUCAGAAUGGUCAUACGAGUGGCAAGGAAUCACCAACAAAUGGUGCUACUCCGACAACAACUACCACAAUACAAACAACAACAAAAUACAAUAAAUCAGCGUUGAAGCCGCACAAUAAACGCAUCGCGGGUCACAAAAAGCGCUGGGGCACACUAAUCGAGGCCGCCAAGGUGGGAAAUGUCUCGAAAAUGUUGGGACGUUCAAAAUCCGAAGAUUCGGUUUGCAAUUCUUCUGCCAACUCAUCGCCAGUUCAUGGUCAAGUGCAUGUCACAUACGCACAGAACUCCGCACAGCAUUAUAUAGCCAAUGGUGAGCCGACAGCCGGCAAUCGUCAUGUCAACCACCACACACCAACACACAAUCCACUACAUGCCGGCACAUUUAUGAAGGAACACAGCAGCAGCUUGAAUAGCGGUAGCGGUAACAGUGUCAGCAGCAGCGGCGGCGGCGCAUCACACUUCUUUCAUACAACAACCGGUUUAACUGCCAUAGCCGCUUUGAAAAAGAAACGCAAGAAGUUCUCAUCAAGCAAAAAUAUUUGCCCCGUCAACGAAUCCAUGUCCACUGCCAAUGGAGUCGAGGCGGUAUUGAACGACAAGUCGCUUAAACGUGUCUCCAGCUAUCCAGCAUCACAUACCGAUGGUGUCACGCCAGGUGGCAAAGAUGCCAUGAUCAUCGCCAAACCGCGUCGUCAUGAACAGACACAAAGUCAACAUGACUCUGUCGAAACGUCGACGGAAUUUACACUCUCCUCCAGUGAGGCACAUCAUUUGGAUCCAUCCAAUACAUCCGUCAAUUCACGCGAACCCCUAAUAAGUGGCAGUUAUGCAUCGACUAGUAUAAUGGGUUAAGCACACAUACAAGUAUGCUAAACCCCAACAAAUAUUGUAUCAAUUAUGGUACAUAAUUAAGCAAAACGAAUUAUUAAACGAAAGCAGUAUAGAAAUUGAUCUCAUACAUUUGGGAAAAUCAAAAACCCUCAUAUAAAUAAUCAUAUUCAUAUAUUUAGGAGAAAUAACCCACAAGGCGGUUCUCAUCUAAUCAUUCAUACAUACAUAUAAAAUAUGGUUAAGCAUAUUCGCAUUUAUAACACUCCUCACAAAUGUACGCACAUUCAACUCGUUAAACAUAUCACAAUCAGCACUUAACCACUAAACCGAAGCUCAAGCAAUCAGCACAACUUCAAUCACACAAAUGCAGCAAUCACAAAGUAGCUAGAGUAACUUAAAAUGGAUAACAUUUGUGUUCAAACAUUUUCAUUAAAUAAGGUGAGCAUUGAAAUACUCGCUCGUUUAAAGUUCAUUAUUUAGUUAUUAUUAUGUCUGCUCUUUAAUUAGAACUUACCCAUGGUAGGUAAAGAUUUUCAGUUAACCUUUAAGAGCCGCACCUAGUGUGAGAGCAAAAAAAAUGCGACAUUUUGGAAUUAAAAGAAACUGUAGUAGCCAUUAUAUAUAUAUUUAUUAGGGUGGGUCAAAAAAACCAUUUCUUUUUCGCAUGGUAUUUUGAAUAAUAGUUUUUUACACACAUCUAAGAAAGUCUCUCCAAGUAUGGCCAUUGUUGAAGAGCAGUAAACUUCUUGCAUAACUAUGAGUUUUAUAAUUAUAUUUUAUUUUUUAAAGAAAAAAUAGAAAACUUCAACGUCCCGUUAGAAUAAAGAGCGCAUACUUGGAGAGACUUUCUUAAAGGUGAACCUAUUUUUCAGAGUACCAAGCGAGAAAAAGUAUUCAUUUUGACCCCCCAAUUAUUUAUACAUAUUAGAACAAAAAAUUGGUGGCUUUUCGAUCCGCGGAUAGCAUAUACAUACAUAGGUGCCCUACAAUCUCACCGAUCAAAAUCUAGUUCUUUUAUGGAAACUUUUUUAUUUGUGAUUCAAAUCUUACCACAAAUUUAUAUUUUUACGAAGAAAUUGGCCAAUUAGUUUUUAAAAGAAGAAGAAAAAGAAAUUGGUAAAUUGAAGUUAAAAGUCCUGUUAGAUAAAAUAACUCAAUUUUUAUCGGUACAUAUACAUACGUAUGUAUAUGUAUUUGUAAAUGUUAUUUUAUUAGCAUUUAAUUUAAGCGUCGUAUUCUAGUCAACAGGGCGUAUAAGUAACAUAAUAUAACAUCCGCCCGUAAAUGGAAAAAAUCAACAAAUUUCAACUUUCUUUUAGUUUAAAUUAAACUAUGCAAAUUAUUCUCCUUUAAUUUUCAACUACUUAAACUAAAUAGGCUAAUAUACAAAAUUGCAUUCUGAAAGCCUUCACCUCUUAUAACAGCACCUUUAACACUGAAGUCUGCAUACCCACUGCCCACCCAACUUCACGCAUUUAAAAUCAUCAUAAUGUUGUUAGUGUUAAACGCCUGCACAAAAUCACAAUCAUAAUCAGUAAAUUAUACAUAAACGUACUUGCAUACAUACAUACAUAAUCAAGCAUAAAUUGGAAAACUACUCAUAUCAAUGUUAAAAGUUGCCUUAGAUUGAAAUUUUUUAUAAAAAAUAAUAAUAAACAAGUAAGUUUUGGAUGAACAUUUAUGAAAUACAAACAAAAAUAAGAAUAAUUUAAUAAUAAAUAAAAAAAAAUACAUUAUUGAAAUUCAAAGCGAAUACAGCAUUUAGUCGCAAAACAAAUUAGCGAACGAGAAAAUAGCAAAAAAGUAGUAGGAAAUUGUAGCAAAAAAUGUUAUAAAUAUUAUUUAAAAAAUAUUAAUUUUAAUAUAGAUUAUAGAAAUGAAUUAAAUAUUAUCAACACAGUGUGACAGCAAAAAUAGUUUUUAAACAAUAUAAGGCUCUAAGCAUAUACGAAUUCAGAUAAUGGUUGAAAAUUGUUUUCGGCUAAGGAAAAAAUAUGUUUUGUUGUAAUUUUUAUUUUUGUAGAGAAUGCUAAAUGCUGCAUACGCAGUUUUACUACGUGAUCAGAUCAGAAUUAUUAGUGUUGAAUAUCAAAAUAUUUUCUUGGUUAUACAGUGUAAUGAAAAUAUGUAUAUAUAAGUUGCAAAAAUAGCGGUACACUCAAUUUCACUUCAUGAAUUCGGUACCACAACGGACUGGCGUUCAGAGCUGUCCAAGUGCGCUGCUUCUUACGAUCGAAAUUUUAACCUAACCUAACUUUUUUAAAUUCUUAUUAAGAUUAGAGAGUGGCUCCCAAACAAUUCCGCAGAAGGUGAGCGACAAGUUUCAAAAACUUUUUUUUUAAUUAUAACAGGGGUUCCCAAACAAUUUUACAAUAAGUGCUCCACAAGUUUCAGGAGCUCUUUUUUAAUUAAAAUAGGGGUUCCCAAACAUUU